UUUGUAACUAGCGGUUGUGUCUAGUGCUAAGUAUUGAGCUAAUUAGUGCUGUGAUUUGUAAUAAGAUACCAAGAUGUUUAAUAACCCGGGACAGAACCAGCCAACUGACCAGCAUAUGUUUUGGCAGAUAAAUGUUGCUCCAACACUUGGGCCAACCUCCAACAAUAUUGGUAUAGACUCGCCUGCUAGUGGUAGUGGACAAGCGCUCCCAUCAGCAAUUCAUAAUGAAAACAAAUGCCAUAGUUGUAAAAAAAUAUUGGCUGAAUGGCUACCAGUACCACUACAAGUACCACAUUGCUGCCUUAACAUCGCGCCCCCAGUGAAAUGUUGUGGACCUGCUGUGGAAUGGGUCACUUCUAACGCUAAUGAUGUUCAUAAGCUUAGUGAUCGUGCUGUAGUUGCUGGAUUUGAGAAACAUAACGGUAGCGCACUCUGGGUUAUCAGAGGCAAGUACGAAGGCCAUCUGAUUCCUGGCAAACUAGUUUUGACUCAUAAGGCCGCUUAUGUUGGAUGGGCUGGUGAACAUGCCGUUAAGGAGUUCGAGGUAUGUUGCGCUCGCCCAGAGAGGAUAAUGUGGCAGGUGGGCCGUAAUGGACAUGUUCCUCCAACUGCCAUUGUAGCUGGCAGAACUGCUAAUGGAGAGCCUCUGUAUGUCGGCAGGGCUUUUCAGGAAGGAUCACAGACGCCUGGAAAGAUUCAUCCCAGUUAUCAAAAGCUGUAUAUUCCAUUCUACGGAAGAGAAGCAGACCACACAGAAUAUGAAGUAUUGUGCGCCGUAAAUGUUGUCCACCUGUGUACUUGUCCAUGUGUGUAAUAGGGAUGAUGUCGGGGUAUGAAAAUUAAAAAAAGUAUUUAGUCCGUCAGUCAAAUUUCAA